UCUAAAAACAAAACACAAGAAUAGAUCUUGACAAUACAACCAAAAUUAUCUGACAUAAACUCUUUUAUAGUCGUUCUAAUUUGUAACAAACCUCAACAAAUCCGCAACUAUUCCCAUUUGAUUUGACAAUUUUACACUAAUAAUUCUUCAAAUAUACGAAAAAAUCUUCGGCAUCUCCGCAUCUCCUCAAUAGCAUCUCCCCUUCUCUCUCUAUAAUUGAUCCCAUCUCUCUCUCUCGCUCCUCCUUUAUUUCUUCAAAUCAAAUCAAACAAACUCCAUUGUUGAGCUCUAAGUUUCUUGCAAUUCGCAAUUUUAAUUUCCAACAUUGAAUUUUGAUACCCUUUAGCUAGCUGGGUUCUUCAAAGAUUGAAUCUUUUAUCUCGUUUGAUACUGAAUUUUGUAAAAAUAUCAUUCUAUUUCAAGAAUCCCCCAUCUGGGUUUUCUUUUUAAUCGCUUGUUCUUCAAUUUCAGAUGAUGGAUCGCGGGAAGAAAAUCGACGAGAAGACGAAUUUAGUAACGGAAACAUUGGAAACGAGUGCUUCAAAGGAAGGUAAAGGGAAGAGGUUAUGGAAAAAGGUGAAAUAUCAGCUAGUAGAAUAUCAUGCUCUGCCUGGUUAUUUGAGGGAUAAUGAAUACAUUGUGGGCCAUUAUAGAGCUGACUGGCCAUUGAAGCAGACUUUGUUAAGCAUUUUCAGUAUUCACAAUGAGACAUUAAAUGUUUGGACGCAUUUGAUUGGGUUCUUCCUUUUCCUUUCUCUGACCAUAUACACGGCCAUGAAAGUUCCAGAGGUUGUUGAUCUCCACUCGAUUCAUCUUCCAGAAGUUUUGAAAGCUGAUUUGCACAAAUUGCAUAAAUGCCUCCCUUCUUUACCCACCAUGCCUGAUAUGCAUAGACUUAGGCAAGAAUUAAAGACAACAUUGCCUUCAAUGGAUAUGCUUCCAUCACCCUCACGAUGGCAUAUCAUGGAACUUUUAUAUAAUUGUUUGCCAGAGCGAUUUUCUAGCGGCAACCAUUCAGAUGUCUGUGUUCUGCGAAGCAUGAAGGAUGACGUGGCGAAUCUAUUCGCUCCUCUGAUGGUGAGGCCAAUCACGCGAUGGCCAUUUUUUAUUUUCAUGGGUGGGGCCAUGUUUUGCUUGCUAGCUAGCAGCACGUGCCACCUACUAUCAUGCCACUCGGAACGAAUGUCAUACAUUAUGCUUAGGCUCGACUACGCUGGUAUCGCAGCCCUUAUAUCUACCUCAUUUUACCCUCCUGUUUACUACUCGUUCAUGUGCGAUCCUUUCUUCUGCAAACUCUACUUGGGGUUCAUAACCAUAGUCGGGAUUGCCACAGUUCUUGUUUCUCUCAUGCCGAUGUUUCAGACGCCUCAAUUUCGUCCAAUUCGAGCAGUUCUCUUCUCAAGCAUGGGCAUGUCAGGUAUAGCACCAGUCUUGCACAAACUUAUCGUGUUCAGGCAUCAACCCGAGGCACUGCACACAACGGGAUACGAAAUUCUGAUGGGUGUUUUAUACGGCCUCGGAGCAGUGGUUUAUGCUACGAGAAUACCGGAACGAUGGAUGCCCGGAAAAUUCGACCUUGCAGGGCAUAGCCACCAGCUUUUCCACGUACUUGUCGUGGCAGGGGCCUACACUCAUUAUCGCGCGGGAUUGAUUUACCUCAAGUGGAGAGAUCUGGAAGGAUGCUAGAGAACGAUUAAUCUCGAAACGUCGAUGAAGUAUUAUGUAUUACUACAUUAUACUCCAUUUUUUCUGUGUAUAAUUGAACAAAUCUUGAUGUCAUGUAUUAUGAAGACAUUAUUGUUGUAUUUGAAGGAGUAUUUCAGGAAUUAAUGGAGCCUGUACCGACUAA